UUCAUCAAGCAUCUAUACAUCUUAGAAUUUAUGGACAUUCUCGAAGGUGCUCUAGCAUUAGUAGACAUUUCAACAUUUGGCGUUAUAACGCCCAGUUUGUUUUCACCAUUGAAGAAACCAAACCUAGGACAAUUGACAAUCUUUAUUAGCUGCGCUACCGUUUUCACGAGGCCUCCAAGGCAAACCACAUAUUCUAGUAACGAAUAUGGACAUUCCGACAUUGUCUUUCGAAACCAAUCGAAUGCAACAGCAUCGUCCAAAGACCAAACUACCGCUAAUUGGCUUUUCCAACCAUAUGAAAUCACGGUUCGACCAGUAACUUUGUUAUCGUUAUUAAUAAUAAUACUUGCUGGGUAUAAUUAUACCGGAGAAUAUCGUCAAGAGAUUCAGCUAUGUGAACCGUCAUUAACUGAAGGAGACAACAUCACAUGGAUUGAAUUACCACGCGCCAAAGAACCUGAGGAUUAUAUUUUGCUUAGCAGUGGAGCAUUUGUCUUCAAACGUUUUUAUAUGGAUGAAUUUGAAGAAGAGUUUUGGGUUGAACCGAUUAAUUGGCCGGACUUUGACAAAGAAAUACUUGCAGAUAUUAUGAGCUUCAAGCUGCAAGAGAGCGUUUUUCAGGAUAAAAAUAUCCCGGCUGUCACGCUCAAACGCGUACGCGAUAAUAGUGCUAGGUUUGCGCCUAAGAUUAAAGACAUUGAAUUGGCUGUUCAGAAUGGCACCUAUGUUGAUGAUAGGAGUAUUUAUGUACGUUGGGUGGAUGAAAACCUGAGAUUUGGGUUGUUCGCAGGGCGUGACUUUGAGAUCGGGGAACUUCUUGGCAUAUACACUGGCGAAUAUGUGGGCGGCAGGGUAGAACUCGAAUAUGCUUGGGAAUACAACUAUCUUGUUCAGGCGACAAACAAAAAGGGAGAGGCCGUCCGAUGCGUUAUUGAUGCCAGAAACAAAGGAAACUACCUGCGCUUUGCAAAUCAUAAAGACGUUGAUUAUAACGGAGAAGCGACAUAUGUUAUGUAUAAUAACAUGUGGUUUGUGCUUUAUGUUGUCAAGAAUAAUAUCAAGGCCCACGAGCAAAUCUUUGUUAAUUAUGGUGAAGCCUAUUGGGCGGAUAGGACAAAAUAUUAA